AUUGGCUGUUUGGUUUGCCAAUCAAAAGGUUGGCCUCAUCAUGCAUCAAAGUUUUCAUUCGCUUAGAAACAAUGCGGUGCUUGUUUCCAGGAAGUAGCACAGCAACGUGACUUCACAUUGCUCCCUUUUAGCUCCCUGUUGCUGCUAGCCUGCAUUUCAAAUUAUAUUUUUUAUCAAGUUUAUACGUUAGGACAGAAAAUGGGUGAUGAUGAAAAGUAUGACGGGAUGUUGCUUGUUAUGGCACAACAGCAUGAAGGAGGUGUACAAGAGGUAAACUACAGCUUGAUAGCAUGCUAACAUUAGCUAGCAAAUUCAUCAUACGACAACUGGUAGCCGGCUAAUUUACGUUAGCUAUAUGACGGGGGAUGGGAAAGUGUCCAGCGUGUGCAUCAUGCAUGAAUAUGGCACCACAAACCUGUAGUUAAUGUUAGUUGCAUAUAUUAAAUAUCACACCAGUAGCGUAAUCGUUAACCAUAGUUUAGCUAGUUAGUUGUGUUUAGGCAUGCUGGUGUGGUAACGCGUUAGUAAGCCAUAGCAAAUAGGCUUGUAAAAGGGUCAGGUUGGCUAUGUAUCAUCUCUAUUGUAAUAUCUAUUCUCCCAACAGUUAGUAAACACGUUUUUCAGCUUCCUCCGGCGUAAAACAGACUUCUUCACGGGUGGAGAGGCAGGUGCACCAGAGAAGGUGAGUCCAUAAUUGGCUACCUAACAGAACAAAUAUGCAUACGUCAAGAGAUACAGAACUGCUAAAGUAGUUAAUCAGUCUAAUCUCCCCAUUCUUUUCCACUCUGUCCGGUUUCCACUAGAUAGCACAAUCACAAAGUAAAAAUUGGCUAUAUCGUAAAAAAUUAUGAAAGCAUCAAUGGUCUUAAUUUAAGGUUAGGGUUAUGCAUAAGGUUAGAAGUAUGGUUUAGGUUAGGAUUAGGUUUAUGACUUUGUGGCUGUGUUACCUAGUGACGACCCCUCUGUCCCCAGCUGGUGAAGGAGUCGUUUGCCCACCACAGUGGUCUUGCCCUGAAGGCCCACAGAGAGAAGGAGAAGAGACAUGAGAAGGAGAAGAGAGAGAAGGCAGAGAGAGCUGCCAAGCUAGCUGAGGAAGAGGAGAAAAAGAAGAGUAAGAACGCAGACGAUGAGCCAAAAAUCAAAGAACUGACAGACGAAGAGGCAGAGAUGCUUCAGUCUGAAAUUGACCAGGUAAGAAAAACUGAUUGUCAUUUAUGAAUUAUUGAUUGAUGUGCUAUACAGACUAGAUUUAACAGUUUGUCUUUGUCUUGAUGAAGCGUAUGUGCACUACUUUAAUGUCUUUGUCUUGUCUUGGUUUCAGCAAAAGAAACAAGAGGAGAAGAAAGAGGCCACAAACACAAAUGCUGUAACUCCAGCUGAGAAAGAAGGGAAAGAGAAGGGAGACAAGGAGGUAAGAGAUUCUGUUGGGAUGCCUCAGUAGAUAAAUGAGCUGUAGAGGUACACCACUGUUUCCCCUGCUAUCGUAUAGGCGGGGCAUCCCACCUGGGUAAAAAACUGAUGCACAAGGGUAUUUUAUGUAUGUUGAAGCUAAUUAAUCACACUCUUCUUAAUUUCUGCCAGACUGAUUCCGACGGAGAAGAGGAGGACAAGGACAAGAUUAAACCCAACGCUGGCAACGGCGCUGACCUGGCCAACUAUCGCUGGACACAGUCCCUGUCUGAAGUGGAUGUGAGUUUAUUUCCUUUUUGCCUUAAGUGAUUACCGUGUAGCUAUGUUCCCUAGUACAUGGAUAUUAAAGUUGUCUAACUGUAGCAUGAUUGUUGCUUUAACUAUAGAGAGGUAUUUUGUGCUCUCGUUAUGCAUGGGCAGCUCCCACUAUUUCAGAGCGGAUGUUGAUUAUCUUUUUGUCCUCAGUCGCUAGGGAUUGCUUAAGUAUUAGGCAAGAUGUAAUCUGGGCAGACAAGGUAAUCAGGCAUUCUGUUCGUUCCUCUUUAUCCUCGCCUCCUAGCUAGUGGUGCCUUCAUUCUAACUGGGUGUUGCCCUCUAUUCCGUCCCCCCAGCUGGUGGUGCCUUUUGAUGUGAAGUUCCGUAUGAAAGGGAAGGAUGUAGUGGUGGACAUCCAGCGUCGUGUGCUGAAGGUGGGUCUGAAGGGCCGUCCUCCUGUGAUCGAGGGACAGCUCUACAACGACGUUAAGGUGGAGGAGAGCUCCUGGCUCAUUGAGGAUGGCAAGGUGGUCACUGUUCACCUGGAGAAGGUACUUGGGAAAGAAUGCUUUUAUUUGAGAUUUAAAAUAUUUCACGCUGAAACCAUUUAAGGCACUAAGUCAUGCCUUGUGUCUGUUUCAGAUCAACAAGAUGGAGUGGUGGAAUAAGAUAGUGACCACGGAUCCUGAACUCAACACGAAGAAGAUCUGUCCUGAGAACUCUAAGGUAACCAAUGCCAAGCUACUGAUGCAAGGCUCACUGUAUAUUGCAAGAGAGAACAUGUGAUUAGUCUCCUCUAUUUAAAAGUAAAAGGGUAAUUUACAGUUGGAAGUCGGAAGUUUACAUACAGUUAGGUCGGAGUCAUUAAAACUUGUUUUUCAACCACUCCAUAAAUGUUUUGUUAACAAACUAUAGUUUUGGCAAGUCGGUUAGGACAUCUACUUUGUGCAUGACACAAGUAAUUUUUCCAACAAUUGUUUACAGACAGAUUAUUUCACUUAUAAUUCACUGUAUCACAAUUCCAGUGGGUCAGAAGUUUACAUACACUAAUGGCUUUAGAAGCUUCUGAUAGGCUAAUUGACAUAAUUUGAGUCAAUUGGAGGUGUACCUGUGGAUGUAUUUCAAGGCCUACCUUCAAACUCAGUGCCUCUUUGCUUGGUGUCAUGGGACAAUCAAAAGAAAUCAGCCGACCUCAGAACAUUUUUUUGUAGACCUCCACAAGUCUGGUUCAUCCUUGGGAGCAAUUUCCAAACGCCUGAAGGUACCACAUUCAUCUUUACAAAAAAUACUACGCAAGUAUAAACACCAUGGAACCACGCAGCCGUCAUACCGCUCAGUAAGGAGACGCGUUCUGUCUCCUAGAGAUGAACGUACUUUGGUGUGAAAAGUGCAAAUCAAUCCCAGAACAACAGCAAAGGACCUUGUGAAGAUGCUGGAGGAAACAGGUACAAAAGUAUCUAUAUCCACAGUAAAACGAGUCCUAUAUCGACAUAACCUGAAAGGCCGCUCAGCAAGGAAGAAGCCACUGCUCCAAAACCGCCAUAAAAAAGCCAUACUACGGUUUGCAACUGCACAUGGGGACAAAGAUCGUACUUUUUGGAGAAAUGUCCUCUGGUCUGAUGAAACAAAAAUAGAUAUGUUUGGCCAUAAUGACCAUCGUUAUGUUUGGAGGAAAAAAGGGGAUGCUUGCAAGCCGAAGAACACCAUCCCAACCGUGAAGCACGGGGGUGACAGCAUCAUGCUGUGGGGGUGCUUUGCUGCAGGAGGGACUGGUGCACUUCACAAAAUAGAAGGAAAAUUAAGUGGAUAUAUUGAAGCAACAUCUCAAGAUAUCAGGCAGGAGGUUAAAGCUUGGUCGCAAAUGGGUCUUCUAAAUGGACAAUGACCCCAAGCAUACUUCCAAAGUUGUGGCAAAAUGGCUUAAGGACAACAAAGUCAAGGUAUUGGAGUGGCCAUCACAAAGCCCUGACCUCAAUCCUAUAGAACAUUUGUGGGCAGAACUGAAAAAGCAUGUCCGAGCAAGGAGGCCUACAAACCUGACUCAGUUACACCAGCUCUGUCAGGAGGAAUGGGCCAGAAUUCACCCAACUUAUUGUGGGAAGCUUGUGGAAGGCUACCUGAAACGUUUGACCCAAGUUAAUCAAUUUAAAGGCAAUGCUUCCAAAUACGAAUUGAGUGUAUGUAAACCUCUGACCCACUGGGAAUGUGAUGAAAGAAUAAAAGCUGAAAUAAAUCAUUCUCUCUACUAUUAUUCUGACAUUUCACGUUCUUGAAAUAAAGUGGUGAUCCUAACUGACCUAAAACAGGAAUUGUGAAAAACUGAGUUUAAAUGUAUUUAGCUAUGGUGUAUGUAAACUUCCGACUUCAACUGUAUCUCCCGCUCAUUAAAACUCUUUCCCUCACCGUCCAUCUCUCUCACCCUCAAUCUCUCUCUCCUCUUCGAUCUCUAUCUCCCUCCCUCUAUCUGUUUUCCUGCUGUCUCAGCUGUCCGAUCUGGAUGGGGAGACCCGUGGUAUGGUGGAGAAGAUGAUGUACGACCAGAGACAGAAGUCCAUGGGUCUACCCACCUCCGAAGAGCAAAAGAAACAAGACAUCCUCAAAAAGUAGCUUUCAGCACUUUGGUUAUAGCACCAUCAUAUAGCAUGUCCAUCAUGAUAACGUUUAAGUAUCAUUUGGAAGACCCAUUUGCGACCAAGCUUUAACUUCCUGACUGAUAUCUUGAGAUGUUGCUUCAAUAUAUCCACUUAAUUUUGUCUUCACAUAUACAGUGAAAAGUUUGACCCAUCUCAAUCAUCCUUGGGACUUAACUACUGACAUAGAAUUGAGUAGUUAAUAUUAUACCUACGGACAGGAAAUGUUCGCUUUGCUGUUAACUUUCUCGCAGGUCAAAGGUCAAUUACGGGUGCAUAUUUUUCCUUAUGCACAGGUGUGUAACCUGUACAAGUGUGUGGUGUGAAAUGGAAAGGAGUUUUUUUGCAAAUCCCACUCCCCCUGAGACACCCUCGGAGAAUGCAGUCACAGCCAGGGAUCAGCAGUUAUUGAAGGCGACCCUGGAGCAAUUAGGGUUAAGUGCCUUGCUCAAUGACAGAUUGACACAUUUUUCACCUAGUCGGCUCGGGGAUUUGAACUAGCAACCUUUCGGUUAAUGGGCCAACGCUCUAACCACUAGGCACCCACUUGGCGCUUUGCUUUUUAUUGUCUAACAUGUUUCAGGAGCUACUGUAUAGUUUAACAGAGCCAUAGAAUGGAGGUAAAAUGUGAAUUUGAAAGCAGACUGCCUCCUCUGUCUCCUCCUGUCAAGGUCAGGUCACAUAAUCAUUGCAGCCAUAAACGCAAAAUGAGACGUCUGUACCAGCUUCCCUACGGAGUCAGGGACCAGAGCUGACCUCGCUUGUUGCUCCUCUACCAUCAUAAUAACCAAGGUGUCUGGGGAGGGAACAUGUCUCCCAUUGCACUCAUUUUUUAUGAGUAGUGCAUAAGUUAUCCUAUUCAAAGUCAGGGACCCACACUGACCUCGGCCUUUAUUGUUCAGUCAGUCCCAAGGUGUUUGUGGGAAAAUAAUGUCUCCAACUGUUUAACUUUUGUUAUAUGAGCAGGUGGAUUGCACAGUUUAUGUGCCCUGUUUUUUAUUGAAGAAAAAGUUAUAUGCAGUUAACAUGCUACAUAGUCUUGUGAAUAUGCUCCAUAUUCUAAAGAUGACAAGACAAUGACAAUGUCCUUAUUUCCUCCGCGAUGUGACAAUUUGAGGUGCAUUAGUGAUGGUUGGCAAAUAUUUCCGCAAUGUUUUGUGAUCUCUGUAUGACUCGCUGGACUAGUACAGGUAGAAGGACCAUUACACUGAGAUAAAGGGUGUGUACGGGAUAGAGGGAAGGAGCUGUAGCCGUCUGAGAUGGAUGUAGAGGACAGUCUCUUGACUGUGGAGGUUAUUAACCCCUUCUAGUUUCUGCCACAAGCAAGGCCAGCGUUAGGUUACCCUUGUUCACCUGUUGCUUACUAGAAACCCUGAUCUAGGGAAGGAGCCGUCGGAGAUGCACUCUCUUCUCAGAGUUCAGGUGUUAUUAACCCCUUCUACUUCCUGUCCUGGUCAUGACGAGGCGAGGCCAAUGAUAGGUUAGCUGUGGUUGCUCACCUGUGGCUGGUUUUAUGUGUGUCAUUCUGCCUCGCCUCACAUUUCCUCUCUUGUUUAUGAGUGUCCUAUUCAUAAGAUCUGGUACACUUACUAGUGUUAGACUUACUGUAUGUUCAUUACUGUGUGACACAAUAGAAGAAAUCCAAAUCAAAUUUUAUGUCACAUGCGCCAAAUACAACAGGUACCUCACAGUGAAAUGCUUAUUUACAAGUCCUUAACCAACAAUGCAGUUUUAAGAAAAAAUAAGUAUUAAGUAAAAAAUAGAUAAAUAAAAAUAACAAAUAAUUAAAGAGCAGCAGUAAAAUAACAGUAGCAGUAUAAAUCCUUUAUAAAUGGAUGUUAGUCUGAUAUGGUUACUUUGUAGGUAUUGGACGAUAAUAGGCAAAAAAAUAUUAUAUCUACAUUUUCCUGAUGUGGAGGUAAGAAAACAAAGAUAUAGGUCAAUAUUGCUAAGAAAAUAUUGGCUAUCGGUAUCACCCCAAAGUUCCACAUCGGUGCAUCUCUAACCGGCGUCACUGUGCUGCUACCAGCUUUGCUUCCUCCGCUGUUCCUGUCCCCUUACUGGGCUCAAAGCUGGGAUGAGUUUAUCAGGUGUAAUCUGAUUUACACAUGGCUAGUAUACUGUCCUCAAGCUAGAUGCAGUUAAAUAGAAUGGCGCAUAUGAAAGUGUAUAGAAACCUUGAAUGAGGCAGAACAGCUAGUCUUGCGAACUCCUAUGGUUGUUGUCAUUGCCAAAUCCUUGUAGCCUGGGACCAGGCUGCUCUUUCACUGUUCAGACUCCAUGAUGUGACCCCCCCCCCCGUCAUUGUGUUCCAGGUUCAUGUCGCAGCACCCAGAGAUGGAUUUCUCUAAAGCCAAAUUCAGCUGAGACGUCGCUGUCGUUCCCCAAACAACCCUCCAUACCCUUCUGUGCUCUUACUCUGCCCAGGAAAACAACGACUGAGUCCUUACCAAACCCAACCUCCGGCGCCGAUGUUACAGUUGAAUUGAAUCCCCCCCCCCCCCCCCCAUAUCUUUCUCUUCUCUUCUCUUUCUGUCUCUCAUCACCCUUUUCUGUAGUCCUGAGGUGCUGGCUUCUUGUUAGUCUCAUUCCUGUAACAGAAAUGUGAUGACUGUAAUAACUCCCAUCUCUGUUCCAUGUGUUACAGUGUUCUGAAUGUUUAAAGAAAUGUUUGGAGCCUUUUUUAUAUAUAUAUAUAUAUAU